UAUGUCCACAGCCGUAUAUUACUGUGGGCUUUCAAUACCUGUCUGUAUAUUUGGCACACCAAGUAUGAGCAGAACAAUGCAUGUCCUUGACUUGACAUGGGACGACAUGGUAUAGCAGCAGGGGUCAUUUGAAGAAGGCAGAGACAGAGCAGACUUAACCAGGAGGAACUCUUCUGGUUUAUAACUCAAAGGUAGUGCUUGUUACAUGAGGUGUGCAGUCAAUCUGGAGGCUGCAAAGAUUUACCAGUGACUAGGGUGUCAUAGCAACUUGAACUUACAGAAGUAUUAUAUAUAAUUAUAUACCAUGGGGAAAACAAACAGCAAACUGAAACCGGAGGUUCUUGAAGACCUCAGACAAAACACAGCAUUUACAGAUGAAGAAAUUCAGGAAUGGUACAAGGGAUUUUUGAAGGACUGCCCAAGUGGACAUCUUUCUGUGGAAGAAUUCAAAAAAAUCUAUGGAAAUUUUUUCCCAUAUGGAGAUGCUUCGAAAUUUGCAGAGCACGUGUUCCGCACCUUUGACCAGAAUGGUGACGGUACUAUAGAUUUCCGUGAGUUUAUUUGUGCACUAAGUGUGACCUCCCGAGGGAAAUUAGAACAGAAGUUAAAGUGGGCUUUCAGCAUGUAUGAUCUGGAUGGAAAUGGUUUUAUUUCAAGGCAGGAAAUGCUGGAAAUUGUGACUGCGAUCUACAAAAUGGUAGGUACAGUAAUGAAAAUGCCAGAGGAUGAAUCAACACCUGAGAAAAGAACAGAUAAAAUUUUCCGACAGAUGGACAAGAAUCUAGAUGGCUAUUUGUCCUUGGAAGAGUUUAUAGAGGGUGCAAAGAGUGAUCCAUCAAUUGUCCGUCUGCUUCAAUGUGAUCCUUCAGGAGGACAGAGCUGAAACUAGGAACUCUAGACUCUGGGACACCUUCAUUGACAUCUGAAUAGCUGCAUUUACAAACGUCAUUCAUCAAGCAGAUGUCAAACAGAGGAAAUAGCACAAUUUGAUGGAAUCGAUAUAAGACAGCACAAAGUGAAAUACAAUAGCAAGAGAAAACAAAUCAAGAGAAAAAUUGAAUGAAAUGGGUUACCACUGGUUACAAUUUGUUUUGUGUGGUUGCUCUGCAUUCAAUAUUUACCCGGAGGUUUUGAGUAGAAUCUAAAACAAGGAAUUGCCCUGCCCUGAACCAUUUUUUACCAUUGCGCAUGCACAUUGUGUGGAGCAACUUAAUUUUAAGUGAUGCUUGGCACCACAGAGAGCAUCUGAUUGAUCGAUGCUAGCCAGAAGAUUAACAUGGAUAUUAGUAAAGACUCGUUAAUGGCCCAUUCGACCUUAUUUCACUUAUCUACAUGAACAUCGGUAUUGAGACUUGAAGCUUGUAGAAAAAGAUAGAAAGGAAGUGAGCAACAUGUAGAGGCAAUUACUUCAGUGAUCUGGUUAAAUCAGUUGAUAAUGGAUUAUUUUUCCAUGUUUCACAUUGAGUCCAGAAUGGCCAGAUCACAGGGACACCAUUCACCAUGUGCUGUUUAAUUUUCAGCAGCAGAAGCAUGGUUGUGUGAAGGAAUGUGUAAAGAAACCACUUUUUUCUGUUAUUCCUUUUGAACCAAAAAUGAACGAAAGAAUUCACCAUCUAUAGAGGAGUUAUGAUAUUUACACAUGUUUAUAUAUCUAGUAUAUUAUCUAAAAGAUGCAUACAAAUCCAACUGGUCCCCCUCCAGCCAGUCCAUUUCCAUGCAUGUUUGUCAUGUCUUUUGGUUGUUUUCUUACCUCUAUUUAACAGGCCUGUAGCCAGCAGUUUCAUAGGGGAGGGGUUCUUUUUUAAUAAAGACAGACUUUUUAACCCUGUUAGUUGACUGACCUUGAGAAACAUCAUAGAAACUAGCUGAAAUAUCAAAGAAACUAAUUCAAAUUUUGAUUCAGAGUGGACUUUUCCAGCCAAAAGGACUGUCAGUCCUUUUCAACCCCCAAACCCCCUGCCUAUGGGCCUGAUUUAUAAUCCACCAUUCCAUUCUGCACUCUGCUGGACGAUAUGCUAGAUUGACCACAAACUCUGUGCUUUGAUGCUGUUUGAUAGAUGCUUGUUGUAUAGGAGUGGCUUGUUUGUUUGAAUUUGCAUAUGUGCUAUUUUUACAUACCUUAUUCAGGAUUUGUAUUCAUGAUUGAUCAGUUUGUAAAGGAAAAUAACUGCCAUCUCAGUUUUUUUUUUUUUUUUGUAUUUUUAGUACUGUUUUCCCAAGAUGGUGUUGUUAUUAUCUCUAAUGUAGAUCAUUAGCUAUUUAAUUAUUAUCUACAAUUGCUUGAUGUUUGUGCCGAGCUGUUUACAUUGUACUGUAGAAAAAUACAUAGAUAAGGUAAUUUAUGACAAUUUUCAAAGACUGUAUGUACCCAUUUCAAACAUUGUAUUAUUUAAGAUUAAAAUGUUUUAGUCACUCACCCUCUAACUUAAACUCAUCUUGCUGUGGAUAACUUUCUAAUUAAAAUCUUGGAAAGUGUGGACAAAAUACUAUUUUUUGAAAUAUAAAUAAAUUAUUGUUCUUAUUUGAGGAGAAAUUACCAUAGUUGCUUGGCAUUGUUAGGGUAGAAGCACCUGUUUGGCUUGUUUCUGCAUCCAUGUGGGGUUAGUUUAUUCUUGUGUGCUGCCAUUUUUGCAUCUUUUUCUGAACCAUAGGUGCGUGAAAGUUAAAUUUACACCAAAUUUUGAAUUAAAAAAUCAUGCCUACAUUAUAUGCUCUCUAAGAUAAUACCUCAAACAUUAUUAUGAACAGUUAGAUAUUAUCAUAGAGUUUCCUCAGAGUUCAUGGAUAUCCCUGAUAUUUAUAUGUUUUGGCUCAUUUAUAUUCAGUAUUGUCCACAUCAAUAGCCAGUAUAAUUGUGGACUAAAAAUAAGUCCCAAGUGCCCAGACAUUCAUACAUACAUACAUAGUCACCAAAAAAAAAAAA